AUGGGAUCGACUAACCUAGAUUUAGAGCAGACGGUCCUCGCUGACUCUUCGGUGUCUUCUGAGGAGAAAAAUGAUAGCUCAUCUCAUCCACCAAAUGCUCCAGAGAAUGAGUCUGAGUUGACUUUCGAUACGGGGCUACACACAUGGCUUCAAGCGCUAGGCUCAUUCUUCCUCUUUUUCAAUUCAUGGGGCGUUAUCAAUACAUGGGGUGCAUAUCAGACCUAUUAUGAGCGAGAGUUGCUCGUUGGUACUUCAUCAUCAACCAUUGCUUGGAUAGGAUCACUUCAGUCUUUCCUGUUGAUGAUGAUCGGAGUCAUCACUGGCCCAAUGUUUGAUGCGGGCUAUUUUCGACCCCUGGUCAUCUUCGCCGCAUUUCUACUGCCCUUUGGCUUGAUGAUGACUAGUCUUGCCACUAAAUACUGGCAUUUGAUUCUUUCUCAGGGUAUUUGCGUCGGACUGGCAGCAGGCUGCCUCUUUGUGCCCUCCGUUGCUAUCCUCCCACAGUAUUUCCAACGCAAGAGAGGCCUAGCCAACGGUCUAGCUGCCAGUGGUAGCAGUAUUGGGGGUGUGGUCUACCCAAUCAUGCUCGAUCAGCUGCAGAAAAAGGUCGGCUUGGCUUGGGCUACUCGUGCACUUGGCUUCGUAUGCUUCAGCACUAUUUGUAUCUCCGUUAGCAUCAUGCGGUCGCGCUUCAAGCCGAAGGAGAAGCGCAAGCUCUACCAGUUAUCUGCUCUGAAGGAGCCCGCCUUUACCAUAUUCGCCAUUGCCAUGUUCAUAGGCUUCUUGGGCUUCUAUAACUUCCUUUUCUACGUGCAGUCAUAUGCAAUUGACACAGGUAUAGUAGACUCCAACUUAGGGUUCUACCUGCUCUCGAUGCUAAACGCCGCCUCGAGCUUCGGUCGUAUCGCUCCUAACUUCCUUGCCGACCAUGUUGGACCUUUGAACAUGCUCACCCCCGCGGUGACCAUCACUGCAAUCCUGGCGUUUGUCUGGAUCAGUGUCCACACCUUGCCUGGCAUCAUCAUCCUGACCGUCUUCUAUGGCUUCUUCUCGGGUGGCUUUGUGUCCCUCCCGCCGGUGGUCAUGGCGAGUAUGACCUCAGAUGUGCGCACUUUGGGCACCCGGAUGGGUAUGGUCUUUGCCAUCACAUCUAUUGGCCUGCUGAUUGGAACGCCAAUCGGUGGUGCCAUCCUGUCUAAGACACACCAGUACGUCGGAGUGCAACUCUUCACCGCAUGCUGUCUCAUUACUUCUGCGGCUCUCAUGACCUGUGUGAGAAUUUUGCGCUCGGGUCUCAAAUUCCGUGUCAAGACUUGA